CCUGGCCGUACCAGUUGUUCAUGCAAACGCUGUGGACUAACUGUUAUUCGCUAGUUGACGAGUCAUCUCGGGAUGGCGUCGAAAGAGAACGAGCACUUCUUGCUUUACACCCCAGAACGAUUUCACAAGGCA